AUGCAAUUUCCCCAGUCAAUCCUUCUGAUUGCGCCACAUAGCUACAUGACAAGGCGUCCUGUGCUGGCGGAAAAGCCUAGACCCAGUGGCACCAGUGAGUUGAUGGGGUCGAUCGAGGAGCUUCAAGACUCUGAAUUAGCCGACCACCUCGCGGUCUCCGACAGUCGAAAACAACAGCGGGAGGCCUUGGAGAGGGGCACAGCAAUGUCGGUCACGGCGUUCCGAUUCGUUGCCAUCAAAACAGCCAAUGACGAGACGGAUGCGAGGAGCCAAUACGGCCUCAUGGAUCUUUCACUGGACUACCACAGGCCCGACUUGCUCUUCGAGCGCCUCUCCACACGCAUCGUUCAGAAAGUUCUUUCCCCGGGUAAAAUGUCGCACUACUUGGAUCUCGUGGUGGAGGCUAUGAUGAGUCUUAGCACUGCCAUGGAACUCGCGCACAACGCACUUCAAAGUAAAAAUUUUGCCACAGUCAGACUGAUGCAGAUCUUUCGCAAAGACGAGAAAACUGUCCAGAACUUUCUCUACACCCUCCUGACACCCAGAUGGGCUUUCUACUAUCUAACAGGGGUACUGCCGAGCGUAGAGGAGCUUUACAUGAUCUGUGUGCGUCUCGUGACCGCAGCCGACAUGGAAGACGGUCCGCCGUUGUCGGAAAUUCAGAGCGAGUUCUUCCAGUUCCUGCCCGCCGACAUGGCGCUAGAGUUUGCUCGGGCCUUCCUCAUUGGCUUCCUCAUCAUGAAGAGGGUUCUUAUCCACUAUAACCUCGAAGGUCCCACAACAUUACUGGCCCAAAGUCUCAGGGGUGAGUCAAAGCCACUUGAGCGUGUGUGCGAGGGGAUGGAAAUCGAUCGGUCGACUGCGGAGGCCCUCAUGGAAGCUGUGCGAUCGAAUGACCUCGAGGCGCUGACCCAGCAGCUGAAAAUAUUGAAAUUAGAUGGGCUAAUCGACGACCCCAAGACGAUGCUGGCUGACGAAAUGAAGCGAGAAUCGAUGAAAAUGGUUCUAGUAACGGCCACAGAUGCCGCCAAAACUGAACAGGCAGAUGGUGCGCGUACAGCAGACUUCAGUAGAAGCGCGCUCGGUCUAGACUUCUCAUUUGGAGGACCUGGUGGAGGAGGCCGUGGCCGAGGUGGCAAAUUUGGCAGCAGCGAUAGUUCACUCGAGGAUUCAAGCGAAGGAUCUUCAACAUGUUUAGAAGACGAUGGGACAUCCAGUGGUGCAUUAGCUGGUGGACGUGGUGCUGGUGGACGUAAACACGGUCAUCAUGGAAGCGGGUCUUCCAGUUCAACAGAUUCGGGCUCAUCGACGGAUGACUUGGACAGUGAUGGAUCGGGUAGUGGGCGGCGAAAAGGCAAGCACAAGGGCUCCGCUGGUCGUGGCGGGGCAGGCGCACCUCUUGACGACUACUCAGCAUCGGAACUGCGCAAACUCAGACUCACCCCAACUCUUUUGGACGAGGGGAUUAACUUACAGCGACGUGCGUACCGGUUCAUUGCUACUGCCUCUGGCCGCCCAACACUUAAGCCCCUUUGUCAGUGUAAAUUCCCAAGGAAGUACACAUUUCGCGUGGACAUACGCAGGCUGAAAAGGAUAGAACAGCCAGAUGUUGGCCAGGCCAAACUCCUACCCGACUCAAUCAGCAGUCUGUACAAGCCCUGGACUCCAAAACUGUCAGCCUCUGCAGAUGCGCAUGCAUUGCAGAACUGGCGAGGCAUUAGGGAACGUGAACUGAAGGAGUGUGUGUCGUGGCAGUGGGUUGAUGAUCCAAAUCCCGAGCAUCAAGGCACCUGUGCUCUCUCAGAAGGGGACAAGGACUCCCCCUUUUCACUCCCAAAGAACCAGGUAGCCUACUGCGCGUCAGUUGAAAGGCUAUUGGGCAAAGCUUUACCGAAGGAUUCAUCGGUGAUUGUUUUACGAUCGCUUCCUUUUCGACCGGCACCGGCACCACAAUGCACCUUUGGAAGGAGGAAGCCGAUUGGCCAUCUGCCACCGCUUCCGCCAUUGGCUCUUACGCAACCAAUCACCGUUGAUAGUGCGCCCUUGAUUCAAGUCCACAAAGCAAAGUGGUCUGACAUACAUCGUCAAACUAACACGAACCAGGGUAGAGAUACCAUGUCAAUAUCCUCAAUGGGUUCGGCUGAUCGGACGGACAGUUCGGAUAGCUUCGUUUCUUACGCCACGAUUUCCAAGCACAAGACAAGUUUUCGAAAUCACCUCAGGGAAGCGACGGAGUUUGGCUGGUUCAAAUAUUCCUCGCCAGUUGAGAGGUGCUUCUACCUCAGUUGUCCCCACAACUGGUCAGCCAACAGACUCCUCUUUGACGAAAUCGCCGUCCUGAUUGACAUGGAGGUCUUUACAAGCGAACAAGCCGAAGAGGUUGCCGGCUUAGUUGUUCCCGACUUGAUGGAUACCUUGUUUAUCCUGAACUCCGGCGCCUUACCGGAACUGGUUGACACCCAAAUACUCUAUGAUCAGGCCCUCGACUACCUAACUGUGUUGGAUUGGCUAAAAUUACCCACCAAUGACUGGAGGAAUGGUCUUCGGGUAGGAAGCAAACGACAAUCAACAGCUAGAUUAGUGAUUAACACUGAUAAGUUGUCAACGUGGCCCCCACAUCGUGGAAGGUCACGGAAAGUAGAUUACACGGAACUUGUUCCCACCCUCAUCGUCGUAGAUCCAAACAGAAAUGUCAUUAGAUCAUCCUGGGAUUGA